UAUUUUGACAUUGACAUAAAAGUUUAUAGGUUGUUUGCUUCAGGUAGCAUUUUCCCGUUCGAUAUAAUAAAGUUUUCUAGAAAAUCGAUAUGGAGGCGAAAAGUGAAGAAAAACCCGGUGCUGAGAAAACUAUAUUUGAUGCCAUUGCUCAAAAUGACUUGGUAGAAUUCAAGAAUAUUUUGGCCCAACACAAAGGGACAGUAGAUUUCUUUGACGAAAAUGGUAUGACUGCGCUACAACACGCCGCUUAUAAGGGCAACAAGGAUAUGGUUCAAUUGCUGCUCGAUAGGGGCGCGGACGUGAACUCCGGCAAGCACGAGUACAACUACACGGCUCUGCACUUCGGCGCGCUGUCCGGCAGCUCCGAGGUGUGCAAGCUGCUCCUGGACGCGGGGGCUAAGCCCAUCGCCACCAACUCUGUGGGUCGCACGGCCUCGCAGAUGGCCGCCUUCGUUGGUAACCACCACACGGUCGCAACCAUCAACAACUACGUACCUCGCAGCGAAAUAGCCUACUUCAGUGUCCUGCAGGGGCAACAAACUGAACCAUUCUUACCUGCAGCCUUAGUGGAUCCACUGCACAAGUUUGUUCUGGGUGUCAACAUCCACCCGGUGCGGCUGGCGCUCAACCUGCAACACAUACCUACCUUACUAGACAAUGCUGACAAAGUUAUUAAAACACUUGAGCUUCUGUGCAAGAAGGAAAUGACUCGAGGAGGUGACACUAAUGAAGUGAUGGCAUUUAAAUACCAUUAUCUAGCUUAUGUUCUUAGAGAAAUCCAUAACAUUAGAGAUAAGAAAAAUAAUUCAGAUAAGGAUGAGAAGAAACAUGAUGUAGUGGAGAUAUUCUCUAAGAAACUGUUGAAGCCUGGUAAGGAUGGGGUAUCUCUGGACCUGAUGGAUACAUUCUUGAAGGACUGCGUGAGGGAGUUUCCAUUCAGAGAGUGCACAACUUUCCACCAGAUGGUGUCGUCCCUGACCAGUAAAGACCCUCCUCCUGCUCUGUCAGUCAUCAACUGCACCAUCAAUGGUCAGAGAGGAUUUGUUGAUGCCAUCCCCUACUGCAGCACUUGUGGCGAGGAGAAGCCAGCCAAGAAGUGCUCUAAAUGCAAAUCUGUGCAAUAUUGUGACAGAGAGUGCCAGCGCCUGCACUGGUUUGUGCACAAGAAGGCUUGCAACAGAGAGUCUAGUGCACCUGCACCUACGCCUAAUGCUAAAGUCAACAUUGAUGCCAAUGAAUUAAGUUCAGAGCUUCAAAACCUUGUUGCUGGAUAGGAGUAAACCUAACCACUGUGAUUGGUGUCUAAAUAAGAAUGAAGUAAUUCCACUAUUGUCUGUCUGAAUGUAUUUUCUUGUAAUGUAGGUACAUGUUUUUUAUCUCGGACACAAAUAAUGCUCUUCUAUAUUCAAUAGGAGUGCAAUAUUUUUAUAAACAAUCACAAAUAGAUGUUAUUUACUUUUGCUUGGUAAAUCAAUAUAUUAUGCUAUAUUGGUUCAGACAGUUUGUUGCAUUUGUUGUAUAUAAUUGUGUUACUCCCUCUUCUGUGUGUAUGUAUUCUGUAAAGUCAAAUAUAUCGAAAUUAUAAAUUGUA